GUGACCGGAGAGUAUAAUCUGCACUCAUAUUGAAACCAUAUCCGUUUGAUUACGUUUGUCGUACGGUUCAGAUUUUGUGAAACGUAAAAACAUGUUCGCAAUUCAGAAAAUAGCUAGGCGAACGCCACAGUUACUGAAAUUAACUGAAAAUCAACGUAGAACAUUUCUCGUCACACCUCCAAGAGUUCGAGUAUCAUUUCUUGAAAAAAUGGCACUUGGUGUUGUUUUCUAUAUAGGAAUAAUGACAGUUCCUAUCUAUGUUGUGCUUAAUGUAAAGAACUACAAUGCGCGACAUAAGGAAGAAUAGAAUUUUACAGCUGCAUUUGAAAAUUUGUAAAGUAAAUAAAUAUUAUAGAUGAAC